AUGCCUCAAAAUACAUCCAAGAACGUUGCUGUUAUCGGGGCUGGUGCUGCGGGCCUGGUUACAGCCCGAGAACUCCAACGCGAAGGUCACAAUGUAGUUGUCUUCGAGCGCGAAAAUCAACUAGGAGGCAUAUGGAUAUACACUGCAUCCACAGACUCCGACCCAAUAGGGGUCGACCCCAACCGGAAAAUUGUUCAUUCAAGUCUUUAUUCAUCACUUAGGACAAACCUUCCUAGGGAAGUAAUGGGUUUUCGUGACUACCCUUUCGUAGCCACGAAAAAGGACGAUAGGGACUCGAGACGUUUUCCGGGCCAUAAGGAAGUGUUGGACUAUUUGAAUGAUUUUGCCGCUCAUUUUGGGCUUAUUGGGCUAGUGAGGUUUGGAACUGAAGUUGGAUAUGUAGGGUUGUUGGAGAAUGGAAAAUGGAAGGUUAGUUCAAGAAAAAGAGAGAAUGAUGUUGUGUUUGCUAAUGAGGAGGAGUAUGAUGCUGUAGUUAUAUGUAAUGGGCGCCAUACUGAACCCCGAAUAGCUGAUAUUCCUGGUAAUUUAUUCAAAGUUUUGUGCUUUAAGGAAGAAAAUUCACUCAUUUUGAAAAAUAAGUGA